AUGACGGAGGCCAUGAUAUCAAGACGACUCAGACUUUGGCAAGACAAGAACCGUCGCUCGGAUGAAAUGCUUUUGGGCUCUCUCAUCAACAUGGCUGGCCCCAAGAGAGGCAUUAAUUUCCUGGAUGAUAUUUUAAUGGAAUACGACAUGAGGAUCAAGACUACUGAACGAGAAAAGCAUGAUCUACAACUGAUCGAUGGUGUAUCAGUUCUAGGCCACAUGGGCAUGCGGAACCGUAGUGUGUUCACGAGACGCAUCCAUGGUGAUUGUGGCGCAGUUGACAUAACUUUUUCAAAUAUUGAAAAUGCAGUUGAGGCAACUGUAGAAGUUACCAUAUCAGAAGUGCAAAGCAAUUUCAAUCUGUUUCUCGGUUGUUUUACCAGUGGGUUGAAUGAAGAAAUUCGGCUCUUCGAUGGUGCCAUUAGUGAGACACGGAACUUAAAAAGGUCUGUCGUUGCUGUGGUGAUAGAUUCUUGGAUACACUUCAAGUUCAAGGUUGGCACGGGGCCAUCCAGUUGUGCUGAACACGAUUGUUUCUUCAAUGCUGGCAACCACGGGUCUAGUGCUCGAACGAUUAAGACUGAUUUUGCAUUAAUCUCAGUGAAGGUGAUCUGGUCGCCUUUGCCUGAUGGGUUCUAG